GCGAACUACUCGACUAGGAGAUUUGUGGAUAGUAUGGUAGGACGUUUGCACGAAGUCGUCGACUGGUUUCAUGUCGCUGACCUGCCGAACUUAAGCUGGUCUCUUGCAAAACUCGACCCGCGUGGCAUAGACCCCAUGUUCCAGAUUUUUGCGUCCAAAGUUUACGACAUCACAUCACUUGAUGAUUGCGCAGCGGUGGCUUUAGCGUACUUCUACUAGUACAUUUGUAGUUCUUUAUGAGAUUCAUUUUGAAGUCGAAAGUCAUGCUUUCGCUAUGAUCGUAGGUGAAGCACCGACGAACUGAGUCUUAUUUUGUGCAUUAGUUGCUAACUAGCUGUUGCAGGGGCAAACUUGAAUUUCUAGAUGGAUCUGAUGUCAAAUGGCUCACCCGAAAUCACCACACUAACGCACGGGAUUUAUUCUCAUUCAUACUCUGUCACAUCGUCUCGUCGUCGUCUUUCUCUAGGUUUGGUCGCGCGGGACUUCUGCAUAGGAGUAGCUUUUACCGGCGUCUCUCAGACGCCACGACCCAAUUGCUGAAUCACAUGGACUACCCAACUGUGCUCUCUCGCGCCUUGAAACUGGGGAAUGAAACGGCUAUAGUGUGCUACGCUUUCGCGCACAGCGGCAUUAUGGACAAGACCCUCUUCUCAAACGCGUGUAAACGAGCGAUAGAGCAGAAGAUCAAGUUCGACUGGUCAGCAGGCAUUAGAAUGUUGUGGGCGCUUGCGAAGGUCCGCUGCAGUCACCUUCCCUUCUUGAAGUUC